AUGGCAACAAUACCUAAUGCAACAUCAUCACGUACACCGAAGAAAACAGUAAAAGAUUUUAAAUUUAUUAAAGAAAUUGGUAAUGGAUCAUAUUCAACAGUGUUUCUUGCUAUUGAAACAGUUACAAAUCGUGAAUUAGCACUUAAAGCUGUUAGUAAAGAUUUAGUAACAAGAUUAAAAAAAAUUUCUCAAGUCUUUCGAGAAAAAGAUAUUUUAGCACGACUUACUGAUUGUAACUAUGCAGUUAAACUUUAUUGUACAUUUCAAGACGACAAAACUCUUUAUUUUGGUCUUACAUAUUGUCCAAAUGGUGAUCUUCUGCAAUAUAUUAUCGAUGCUGGUCAUCUUAAUGAAGAAACUGUACGAUUUUAUACUGCAGAACUUGUUGAAGCACUUGAACAAUUACAAAAUCGACAUAUAGUUCAUCGUGAUCUAAAACCAGAAAAUAUACUUUUAACUGAUGAUAUGCAUAUUCAAUUAACUGAUUUUGGUUCAGGUGUUAUUAUUGAUAAUAUUGAAUCUGUUUCUCAAUCAGAUAAUAGGAAAAAUGUAGAUGGAGAAAAAAAAUUAUUAAAACGAACAAAUUCAUUUGUUGGUACUGCUCAAUUUGUAGCACCAGAAAUACUUAAACGUGGUGCUAUUCAUUUCGGAUCUGAUUUGUGGUCAUUAGGUUGUAUUAUUUAUCAAAUGGCUACGGGUAAACAUUUAUUUCGUGGUCAUCAUGAAUAUGAUAUUUACAAUGCUGUUGUACGUGUUUCUUAUAAAUUACCAGAUGAUUUUCCUACACUUCUUGGUGAUCUAAUUCAAAAACUUGUCCGUCUUGAACCACAUGAACGACUUGGUAGUGAAGAAACAGGUGGUAUGAACAAACUCAAAGAACAUCCAUUCUUUAGUGAAUUUUCUUAUGAUACAAAAUGGGAUGUUUUAUUAAAUCAACGAUCACCACUUGAAGCGAAGAUUAAACUUAGUUCAAGACCACAACUUAGUGAUGAGGAACUUAAAAUAAUGUCAUCAGGUUUUGAUGAUCGUGUUGAAGCUCGUUUAAUUGGUUUACGAAUGGCUACUGAUGCUCCAGACGAAGUAACAUCAAUUAUUACUCGUUCAUCGCAUAUUUCAUUAUUAAAUGAAAGAUCAUCUCUACAAGAAGCAGAUAAUCGAAAUUCAUUGUCGGAUCAAGGUACUAGAUCAUCCUCGUAUACUUCUCCGUCCUCAAAUGGAUCUUUUAAUAAUAAUAAUAAUGCACCUGUUACAGCUCGAAGAUUACAAUUACCUGAUCAUGCUCUAUCAUUAUCCGAACAAGCUUCAAAGAAUAUCUAUCAUAAAUUUGUUCAGAAUAAUCUAAUUAUUAAACAAGGAAUUUUAGAUAAAAAAAAAGGUUUAUUUGCUAAACGACGUAUGUUUCUUAUUACUGAAGGUCCUGCUAUUUUUUAUGUUGAUCCUGAUGCAAUGGAAUUAAAAGGAACAAUAUCAUGGACAGCUGAUUUACGUAUUGAACAGAAAGAUAUGAAAACAUUUCUUAUCCAUGUGCCUGGUCGAACAUAUUAUUUAACUGAUCCAGAUCAAGAUGCGACUACAUGGUGUAAGAGUCUUACAUCAAUUCACUAUCGAUAUUACAAUACGGAACCAAAUCGAAAGUUAUCAACAAUGACAUCAUAUUCAUCAACAUCAUCAUCGUCUGGAUUGCAGCCUACUGUUCCAGUAACUGAACUAUAA